AUGGAGGGCAUGAACGGUGCGGUGGUGCCUGAGGUUGAAUGCCCGGGCUUGGGCGCAGAGAGAGUUAGGCCCGUCGUGGUGGUGGGCCCAGGAGGAGGGCCUUCCGGCCCAACGGGCUUGGAAGGUGCAGUGAAGAAGAGGAGGGGACGGCCUAGGAAGAACAAGGUCGAUGGGGACAUAGUGGGCCUAUCGCCUUCAAUGCCUGAGAAUCUGUUCAAGCGGGCCCCAAUAGGGCCUCGAGAUUCUGGUAGAAGGGAGUUAUCGGCUUCGUUGGGUAACUUUGCUGCAGACACAACAGGAGGAAAUAUAACCCCUCAUGUAAUCAUUGUAAACCCCGGUGAGGAUAUCGCUAGUAGAAUAUCAUCACUUUCUCAGGGUCCUCUGGGAGUUAGUAUUCUUUCUGCUACUGGUGUGCUCUGCAGUGUUGUAAUUCACGAACCUGGUCCUUGCGGUGGUACUAUGAAAUAUGAUGGUCGCUUUGAGAUUUUGCGCUUAUCUGGAUCAUAUACAUUUUCUGAAACGGGUGGUAUACGUCGCAUAAAUGGCAUGUUAAGAAUCUCAUUGGCCAAACCUAAUGGCAAUGUUUUUGGUGGUGUUGUCGUAGGUGCACUGAUUGCGGCCGAACCCAUACAACUCAUUGUUGGCAGUUUUAAGCAAAACAUCAGUAAGAAAAUCGAAAGGAGGCCCUCAUCUGAGUCCUCCACGGCUGCCGGUAUUCCUUGUGUUUCGGAUUCGAUUAGAGUUCCCAGUCAUAUUUCUGAUAUUACUGAUGGUGAUGAUAAUUGCACUACACCGACAUCUACAUUCUUGGAACCACCAGUCCAUGGAGGAUCUGAUUUCUUUGCUUUGAAUCAAAACAUGAACCCUUUUCCUCCAUAUAGCUUUGGUCUGGUUGCCCCACAACAGUUCAGAACAUUCCCUGACAUCGACCCCAGUUUCUCUCCUUAG